GAAACGAAGAUAAAGCGAAACGGAAAACCAAUAUGACGAUGAAGCUGUUCCGACGUGGAUCGCCACGAUGUAUCGGUCUGCUGUCUGCGUUCGUGACGAUCCUGCUAUGUCUGUACUACAUCUCCAUGGGGCAGCCGUCGCCGGCAGGAUCCGGUCCGUCUGCUCCCACCGGGAUGGACGGCAAGGACGCAACCGGUGCCGUAGCCGUUGGUCCUGCCCACCAGAAACGAUCCAACGGACAGCACACGGGCCCACAUGCAAAUCACUCCUGGCACAGCUGGUUGCGGAGCAGCCUAAAUUCGAUCGGUGGUGGAGGACCAGCCGGUAGUCGACAGCAGCGCAUUGCCGAACGUGUAGGUGAUAACAACUUGCGAGGAGACUCGGGUGAUGCGGACGAUAGUGGUGGAGCCGGUGGUACCGAGAAUAACGGUGGUGGGGAUGGCGAUGCUGGUGGACCUCUGCCCCGUUUCGGUAGUCGAUGGGACGAAUGCAGCGUGCUUGAAGAAGCAUCGUCCGAUAUCACCACCGUGGACGAGUAUGGAAAAUUCGAUUUUCAGCCCGAAUGGAUGAAAACCAAGGAAUACUGGGACAAGGAUUUCGAAACGCGCUAUGAAAAGCUGCAAAAGGACCCGAAAAGGCCACCGCUCAAGAUUGUGGUGGUGCCCCAUUCCCACAACGAUCCGGGUUGGUUGAAAACGUUCGUCAACUACUUCCAGUCGGAUUCGCGCCAAAUUCUCAACCUAGCCGUCACGAAAAUGCCUGAGUACAGCAACAUGUCGUUCAUCUGGAGCGAAAUCAGCUUCCUGCAGCUAUGGUGGGAUCAGGCACAUCCGACCAAACAGCGGAUAUUAAAGAAAUUGGUCCAAUCGGGACGGCUAGAAAUUACGACCGGAGGUUGGGUUAUGACGGACGAAGCAAACGCUCAUCUGUACGCCAUGGUUGAUCAGCUUAUCGAAGGACACCAAUGGGUAAAGGCAAACUUGAACAUCACACCCAAAACGGGUUGGAGUAUUGAUCCGUUUGGACAUGGUAGCACCGUUCCGUACCUGCUGGCCGCGUCCGGAUUCAAGGGAACGAUCAUUCAGCGGAUCCAUUACGCCUGGAAGCAGUGGUUCGCUCGUCACCGGUAUGGUGAUUUCCUCUGGACACCGUACUGGAAGAGUCCCUCGAACACUGCACCUGAUCACACGAUGCUUACGCACAACAUGCCAUUCGACAUCUACUCGAUCAAGCAUUCGUGUGGACCACAUCCAUUUAUCUGCCUGAACUUUGAUUUCCGCAAAAUCCCCGGUGAGUACACCGAGUAUUCGAUCAAGGCUCAGUUUAUUACACCGGAAAACAUCGAAGCGAAGGCGGAUCUGCUGAUGGAGCAGUAUUCUCGUACGGCAUCCCUGUUUCCCCACAAUGUUGCCCUGAUCCCGGUCGGAGACGAUUUCCGGUACAAUAAGGAAAAGGAAAUGGAACAACAGUACACCAACUACAAAAAGCUGAUCGAUUACAUCAACGAACAUCGGCAGAAGUACAAUGCAGAAAUCAGCUUCGGCACACCGGUUGACUACUUUAACGCUAUCCGUGAACGGUACGACCGAUUUCCGACACUAAAGGGUGACUUUUUCGUGUACGCGGACAUCUUCAACGAGGGCCGUCCGGCGUACUGGAGCGGUUACUUUACGACCCGUCCUUACUACAAGAUCCUUAGUCGCGAGCUAGAGCACAAUCUCCGCAGCCUGGAAAUUCUGUUUACGAUCGCGUUCAACCGUGCCCGGCAAACCGGUAGCUCGAAUGCGUUUAAAAUCUACGAAAAGAACUACGAAAAAAUGAUACUGGCACGGCGAAAUUUGGGUCUGUUUCAGCACCACGAUGCCAUUACCGGUACAUCGAAAGCUAACGUGAUGCGUGAUUAUGCGCUGCGGUUAUUCGAGAGUAUACAGGACACGGUAAAGCUGCAGGAGAAAACGAUCGAGUUGCUAGUGCAGCGAAAACCGCUCGAUCAGCAGCAUGGUUUCCUGAUCGGUGAACUCGAACGGGACAACUUUGGCAAGCUGCCACGCAAAACGCCCAUCAUCGUGACUGAGGGGCGCAGUACCGAUUUUAUCGUGUACAACGCACUCGCCCAGGAACGACUCGAAGUGGUUACGAUACGUACACUGACUCCGCGCGUAAAGGUACUCGAUGCAAGUGGCAAAGCGAUCGACAUCCAGAUCAACCCAGUGUGGAACAUAACGGAGACGUCGUACACGUCGCGCAAGAUUGUCCCUUCGGACAAGGAGUACGAAGUGAUGUUUGUCGCACGGUUAGCACCACUUUCGCUGACCACCUACACGGCCGCUUACGACGAGGAUGGGUAUCAGGGCAAAAUGGCCACACUGUACUGUACGGAGUGUCAGGAUGAAAAAACCAAAGCGUUCGAAGUUCGUAGCAAACAGCCAGGAGACAUCCAGCUGGAGAAUUAUAAAAUGCGCCUACUGUUUGACGAGCAGAGCGGGUUCCUUAAGUCAGUUACGAAGAAGCACAUGGGGAAACAGAUCCAGUGUGCCAUCAAGUUUGCCGCGUACAAGAGCGCACAGUUCCAUUCCGGGGCGUAUCUCUUCAAGACCGAUCCGGAACAACGGAACUCGGAGAAGGAUGUGCUGGAACAGUACGGUGAUCUUACCAUUCUAAUCACGUCCGGUCCGCUGGCAAGUGAUGUUACCGCCAUCUACGGACCGUUCCUAGCGCACACGGUGCGCAUCUACAACUCGAACAGUGUGCUCGACAGUGCGAUCUACAUCGAAAACGAUAUCGACUUCGAGGCACCGCCAAAGAACCGUGAAACGGAACUGUUUAUGCGGUUCGUCACCGACAUAGAGAAUGGAGCGAGUGAAAAUCCUGAGUUUUACUCCGACUUGAACGGAUUCCAGUAUCAAAAGCGCGUGAAGGUGUCUGCGAUCGGGGUGGAAGGGAACUAUUUCCCCAUUACUUCGGGUGCUUUCAUCCAGGACGAUCGGAUGCGGUUAACUUUGCUGACAACGCACGCCCAGGGAGCAGCAAGCUUAGAACCGGGUCAGCUAGAGGUAAUGCUCGAUCGACGCACACUAUACGAUGAUUACCGUGGUAUGGGUGAAGGUGUUAUCGAUAGCCGUCUAACGAGGCAUCGGUUUUGGUUAACGCUGGAAACAAUCGAUCCACCAGCGGCGGCACAACCAAACCCGCCCGUACCAAACAGCAACAACAACAACAACAAUGAGGAGCAACCGAAGCCAAGUGCCGAUCCUUACCAACUGCCUAGCAUCUUUGCCAAUGCAUUAGCUAAUGGGCUAAACUAUCCGGCCAACCUUUUUAUCGUCGAACGGUACGACGAAAGCAAUCAGCUCGAAUUGAACCGUGCGGUACGGCUUCUUCGGGUACAGUUCCCGUGCGAUCUGCACAUGCUUAAUCUGCGCACGCUUACCGAAAGUAACUUGCCGCUGUUCCCGUCCAGCUCGGCGCUACUGGUGUUACAGCGGCAAGGUUACAGCUGUCGAAUAGGAGGUGACGAGAUGAUCGGUUACUUCUGUGGCAAUGGUAGCAGUAGCAGCAGUAGUACUAAUGGUGGCAGUGGAAGUACCAGCAAUCCUUCCAAAAAUGUCGUCAUUGAUGGAGGCGGAGGAGACGGCAACAAUAUAGACCACCGGCAACCCGAGGUACGUGAACUGCAACUAUUCCGACGGUUAAGGAUCGAUACGAUCCAGGCAACUUCGCUGACGGGGUUACAUCCGGGCGAACGGAUUGCCUCGUUCACCGACAUCUAUCUCGAGCCGAUGGAACUCAAAACGUAUAAUCUUACGUUCUCGAAGUAG